AUGCCUUUGAUUGAGAUAACAAAUGCACAUUUACUGAGGGCACCGUUGCCAUAUUACUAUCAUGUCAAACACUUGAAUUGGAAUAUAUUCAGUAAACGCAACUUCAAUGUUCCACGCCCUAGGUUGCCGUUCCUCAUUAAAGCCGUUACCGCCACCAUUGUUCAACCUAAAUCUAACGACACCGAGAUUGCCGCCACCAUUGUUGAACCUAAAUCUAACGACACCGAGAUUGCUGCUCACAAUCACCAACCUGAACAACCAGUUGAUGAGAAGGAGAAGUUGAGAAGAUCCAAGAUUUCUAAAGCUAAUAAAGGAAGAUCUGCAUGGAACAAAGGAAUAAAGCAUCGACCCGAAACUUUGCAGAAGAUCAAGGAACGAACACGCAUUGCAAUGAAGAAUCCUAAGGUCAAAAUAAAGUUAAUUAAUCAUCCACAUGCACAAAAUACAGAAACAAGAUUAAAGAUUGCUGCUGGAAUAAGACAGGCAUGGGAAAAGAAGCGUGUAAUGAAGAUGGUACAAGAGACUUGCUGCUCCGAGUGGCAAAAUUUAAUUGCCGAAGCAUCUAGGCAAGGCUUUAUUGGUCAAGAAGAGCUGCAAUGGAAUUCCUAUGAAACGUUGGAUGAUCAGCUUAAGCAGGAGUGGUUGGUGAUUGUUGAACAAAGGAAACUAAUGCCGAGGGAACCAUCAAGCAGAAGAGCACCCAAGUCCCCUGAACAGAGAAAAAAAUUGCAGUAG